AUGGCAGCCUCAUCAACGCCAACGCGAAGGAGGAUCACGAUUUUAAUCGUGCCCUUAAGGGUGGCGGUUCCAACUUUGAAUAUCAACGUCUACAGUCCAGAGGACCAUGUGGCCAUUGAAAAAGCCACUGUGGCAGUCCAGCAGGCCCAAGAAGAGGACCCCAAAAUUGGGCUUUUUGCCAACUUCAACGGCUCUGUCGCAGUAAGCAUGUUCCAUAGGGAUCACACAGCCGAGCCACCGAAGGCCUUUGAGCUGUUCCACAACCUCAGAAGUCUGGUGACUACGGUGCUGCCAUCCACUAGCGGUACGCCACCGUCAUUUUCCCAAGCUCUGGGUGAGGUGGGCCACGCUUAA